CUGCUAUCCCCACCCUCUGGUUCUCCUUGCACUCUUUGUCAGCGAGCAAAUCAACAAUGCUCUGCACUCGUCAUGGUACUCUGAACUUGAUCAAUCGUCCACCUGAACUCGUCGACUGCCUCCAGGGCUAAGCCUGGCUACGCUUCCGACCCACAGAGUGCUGGACGAAAGACAUGCAGCUGACUGGGAAGGUCGACUGGCUUAUGCGCCACGGUGAUACUGAGUCGGCUUUUGCGACAAUGCCACGCUUCUUGUGUGUCCAUCGGCAUACGGCUGAGCAGUAAAUAGGUUGAUGUUGCCAAACGCUGUGCAAAUGCUCUCUACCGCUCACAACUUCGACACACCAGAAACAUGGGCUCUCCUGAACACACUGAUCAAGUCGUCCCCUCAUACAAGUAUCAGCCAGUCGAUGCGGCCAAGUCGGAGAUCAGACUCUUGUGGGUACCUCAGAAGGCCAAUCGUUCAAGCAGCAACAGUGGAUAUGCGCUCACCACUUCCAUACUGGACGGCGGUCGCGAUUUUGUCGCACUCUCCUACUGCUGGGGCGGGCAGCCUUUGGACCGUCCAAUCACGAUUUCUGGUUCCCAAAUGUUCAUAACGGAGAGUCUCGACAACGCCCUCAGCAGCCUGCGAUCUAAAGAUGAUGGGUUCUACAUAUGGGCAGAUGCGAUCUGCAUCAAUCAGCAAGACGACAACGAGAAGACCUGGCAGGUACAGCUCAUGCGCAGAAUCUACGGCGCUGCGACUCGCGUUGUCAUUUGGCUUGGUCCUUCGACGGCGGCAUCGGACCAUGCUUUCAUAGGUAUACGUGAACUAGGUAGAUUGCUUAUCGAGAUCGGCCUAUGGGACGCGGUAAUCCAACAAUCGAACGAGUUGGUAUCCUGGCUUUCGGGCAAGAGGGAUGAGCAGGCUUCUUUCCGGGUACGGAGGACUAUACUAAAUGUCAUGGCUCAGCAUUUAGAUCAUGCGCGAAAUGACAGACACCCGUUCAAGUGGUUGUCAGCCGAGUUAUACAGGCGCCCGUGGUUCAAUAGGGUGUGGUGCAUCCAGGAGUGUACGAACGCCCGAACCGCAACCUUUCGUUGUGGGCAGUCCGAGGCCGACUUCACCAUGGUGGCCGCUGUGAGCUUUUACAUGCGACUCUUUGGCAUGUAUCUUCGCGGAUUGUUGAUUGGUCCCCUGAAACAUCAGGCGCAGGCAAACGCCCUCGCAGAUACACUUUACAGCCCCAUACCAACGACAAUCAUGGAUCUUCGAAUGAAGUGUCUUGUCAGCCCUGGACACAACCUGCGCCAUUACCUGGACCAGAUCAACGUCCGCAACAACCCACAAGAAGGUGUAAUGGAUGCUACUCAAGAUAUCGAUCGAGUUUAUGCCCUCUUGGGGGUAGCCAGUGGUGAGGCUGCGGCAGAGAUCGUUCCGGACUACAGCCUCUCUUGCGCCCAGGCAUAUACCGUGACCGCUCGCGCUCUACUGGAGCACGGACACGAUGACAUCUUGUCCCUGUGUCGAUCUGAGAGACGAACCCUGGGACUGCCAUCUUGGGUGCCUGACUGGGCUGCGCCGAUGCGGACACCAUGGUCGCUCUUCAACCGAACAGACUGGUCAUUCAGUGCUUGCGGGUGCUUCAACGGACGUCUAACAGUAAUGGACAUGAGCUCCAUAGGCCGACAUUCACCAUCCCUAGCUCUUCGUGGAGUGAUGGUCGAUACUAUCGGGGAAGCAGGACACUGUUUCCAUCUCAAUGUCGAUGAAAUACCUGACAGGAGCUUCUUGGUUACCCUUCGACCCUACUUCUGUGACAUUACAGCAUAUCUGUCCAAAAGUAAGCAAUAUACACCAGAGCAAAAAGCACAUGCCGAAUGGCGUAUACCCAUUGGAGAUGGCCACUCUGACGACCUUAAGAGUGAAUACGUUCGCGCGCCGGCAGACUCACACAUGAAAGUUGGGUUAGAGCAUGCAAAAACCGAGUACGGCUGGAACAACACCGGUACAAUGUUUGAGGUCUUUACAGAUGACACACGUCCAUACGCAUGCUUUAUCGACCGAUUCAGGCGCAUGUACGACAGUCGACCCUUCUUCUCUCGGACAGGGUAUGUUGGACUAUGCCCAAAAGAGAGCCAGCCAGGAGAUGUGAUUGCAAUUUUAAUGGGGGUGCGAGUGCCGUACAUCAUUCGCCCGAGCGCGCAAAGAACAUGGACAUUGAUCGGUGAAGCAUAUGUUCACAGCAUCAUGGAUGGGGAGUUUAUGGAUACCAAUCCGACCAUCGAAGACAUUACGCUAGUAUGAG